AUGCCCUUGAAUCUAUACCAGGUCUCCAUGGCCAGGGGUCUGAUAACUCUGGAGGAACUACAUCAGCAGGUGUUAAAAGGAAGGGGCAAAUUCGCACAGGAUGUCAGCCAAGACGACCUUAUCAGGGCUAUCAAGAAGCUGAAGGCGCUCGGCACCGGCUUUGGCAUCAUCCCCGUGGGUGGCACCUACCUCAUUCAGUCUGUUCCGGCUGAGCUCAAUAUGGACCACACGGUGGUGCUGCAGCUGGCGGAGAAGUGUGGGGGGUUGUCAGUCUACCCUACGGGGGCUCCCUUGUCCCAGAGGAUUCUUCCUCCCCGUUCCCUCCAGGAACACCUGCUGAAGGAAGGGCUGGCCUGGCUGGACCUACAGGCCCCCGGGGAGGCCCACUACUGGCUGCCCGCUCUUUUCACGGACCUCUACUCCCAGGAGAUUACAGCCGAGGAGGCCAGAGAAGCCCUCCCCUGACUCUGGGAGCGCCCGGGGGGUGGGGGCCCGGCAGCUGGCAGGGAGAGGAGGGGAGAGCGGUUGGUGAAUAAAACCCGAACAACUUUG